GGAAAACCGACAAGCCAUCCUCGCAUUGAUUCGCAGAGUGUGGCUUAAGUGGUCGCGCGCGGGAGCGGCCCCCAGCAGCGACACUCACGUUUCCGAAGGACAACAUCACGAUCAACGAACUGCCGGCGAAGAUUCGACUUCGAUCAAUCGAAAGCGAAAGCGAGACCGAGAGGAGACUCGCAAGUCACCUUCCUCCGAAGUAGGCAAGAGUCGUGUCCUCGUCCAGAAUGUAUUCCGUCAGUUGCGGUCACUGUUGCUGUACUCUUGUCCGCAUGGCAAAGACCUCUGCUCUGCCGAUGCGCGCUUUGCCCAUGAGGUUCGACUGUCGCAGAUCGUCUUCCACACCGCGGGAAGAGUUGCAGCAAACGGAGAUAAUAUAAAGGGCGUCUCAACUCGAACUCGCGGUGGAGAAGCUUACUUUUAUGAGUCAAACCGAAAGGGAGUUAUAAGUACACUUUCUACUUUUUAGAUUCAGAACUACCCGCGAAUGUGACGAAGAAGAAGAAGCUUCCCGUCUAAAAUCUGGCUUAAUAGCAGCUGAUCUGCCCUCUUCACCUCACUCUCGGGGACCCAUACGGAUUGGUAGCUCUAAGUUCGUCGCGAUGCAGUGCUUAUAUUCACGCGCAACGAUCUUGUGUGGGGAAAGCGGCACUUUCCACUUGACUUUCUGUUUCCUGAGCAUGCGACUUCAGAAGCGUGGAGAGGAAGCAGUCUCGAAAGCAGUCUCGACGUCUUCGUCCCACACUGUCACGAUUACGACGGUUUAAACGUCCGAACACUCACAGCGCGUGGCCUCCUCACAGGCCUUCACAUCUUGCAGCGCGGACUGUGGUAUCUCGCUGGAUCGGUGUUUUCCGUUAUGGGCCCAGCGACUUUCCUCCAGCUAUCGAGGGAAGGACGGGAGGCGGACGAAGUUCAAGCUGUUGAUGUCAAAAAGAAUUUUGCUGCAGAGACGGGAGCGGAAACUACGGAUCAUCCUAAGCAAGAAAGUGCCACGAACUCUAUCAGGAACACGGAGCAGACGAAUUUUUUUUCGUUUCAGUGGUCCGCCGAAGAUGUCGGGAGUCCGGGGAUUGCUGCACCUAAUCCUUCAGCUGCUGUGCUACAACCUAUAAGUAUAACGGAUCAUACGUCGAGGACUACACGAGGACGAAAAAAGAAUAGCGCUAGGAGUAGAGCGAGUUUUUGCAGCAAGAACGCUGAUGCGGGUGUUGGUAAAGCAGGUUGCGUUGAAAGCCAUAAGUCGGAGGUUGGUUUCGCAGGCGCUCGAGAUGAUGGAGCCAGCGGAAGUCAUGAAAAUGACCUGAGUGCUGUUGAUGACGCUGCUCAGAGGGUCACUUGGACGGGAAAAAAUAGGGGAAAAAGUAGACUUGCGAAUCUCUUGAGGAUGAGUUCAUCCAGCACGAGCAGCAGGGCUCAUCAUCUUCCGCGCCAGCAUCUCAAUCCGCUUUUUCUGGCUAAACUGGAGCAAGCAGUCGCCAUCUGGGCUGCUCCAGAUCACACGGGCUCCUCGCCAAUAAUGCCACCUCCCGCCGAAAUUACGUACACAGAUCAAGAUGAAGAUGCUCUUUUUCCUCCCCGCUCGGUUUGGUUUUCGCCCGAAAAGAUGCUUUUGCUUUUCCUACGCUUCUUUCAGUACAGAGUUGCAAAAUACGAAUGUUUUCACGGUUUGGCGGAUGUGGGUGCAACGAUUCAAAGAUGGAAGAACCGUCAUCGCCAACUCCACGAACCGCACCAGUUUCGGAACUUUCUGACUCUGCGUUCAUGGAUUCCCACACACGGAUACGCAUCUUUCUCCUUUUUGUCACAAAGCCACAGCGCAGCUGUAGGGGCUUUGGAAUCUUCGGGAUCGAGGGGGCAACAGCAAGCCGGUAGAAGCAUAACUACAACUCGACCUUCUAGUCCUAAAGGACUUUCUAACCGACUUCAGAAUGAGACAAGAAGGGCCUCCGGAUUGGUUGAUCCAAACCACAUCCACGUCCAGACCGCAGAGGCAAAUAGUACUCCGACAGCGACCCUAUCUCCAACAAAUAUUAGUACAACAAGCACUAGUGCGGUCGCCGUCACAUCUGAGGCCUUUGUCUUCCAUUCUCGAGAUCGUUUGAUUCAGUACGUUUGCGAGCACGACAAGCAUGCACGCUAUAGGGUCAUGGAGGUGGUCUCGUUUAGCCUAGCUGCCGAAACCUGGAUGCAAGGUGGUGGGAAAGUGCGAGGUUGGCCCGGUUCCCACGACAUGGAGGCGUUACCAUGUCAUGCAUACGACACAUUUACGACAAGGAAUAGGAAAUCAUCACCAAUUAUAGCGAGAAGUAUGAUGACGCUUUCUAGGUUUCAUAUAUUUUUAAGUACUUAGAAGACUCUAUUUAUUACAGAGACCACUUACAGAGCUUUGUGAAGAUUUCAAGUUAAUGAUGCUUUUCUGCUUAGUAGUCGUGGUAGGAUUUUUUUGCUUUUUCAUACUUGACGAAGGAUUGUUGCUGCGGGAGGAGAAUGGGACGCGCCCAGCCUGUGUGUUUGAUACGCGGACGUGUGCGAAUUUCGAACACGAUAAUUUCGGCAUUAUCAAGCAUUUAGUAUACUAGAAGAAGCCACACGCGGCCAGGUGGGAGUCGCAAGAUGGCAAACAUUUUGGGACAGACACCUUCUUCUCUUUUACGCUGGAAAAGCAUACUUGAUAUGCCUUCUGUCUUGUAUUGAUAGACAAGCGAACAACUCAAUCACAAUCAUUCGAUUCUUCACCUCUCAGCACAACUGAGGCAUUUUUCGAUUUUGACAUGGCACAUUCUUCCACAUGCCGUGCAGUGGCACAUACGUGCUCCUUA